GCCGGAAGCUGCCUCAGAACGAGCGGAAGUUCCCUCAUCGCGGCCGGAAGCGGCCUCGGACGCGGACCGCCGCUAUGGAGGCGGCGGAGGAGGCGGCGGGCUGCUGCUCCCUGCGGCCCUUCUCCUGCGAGCAGGGGCUGCUGUCCCGGCCCGACGGCUCCGCCACGUUCGUGCAGGGUGACACCUCGGUGCUGGCCGGGCUGUACGGCCCCGCGGAGGUGAAGGGCAGCAGAGAGAGCCCCGACGGCGCCACGGUGGAAGUGCUGCUGCGCCCCAAAGUCGGGCUGCCCGGCGUGGCAGAGCGCAGUCGGGAGCAGCUCCUGCGACGGACAUUUGAGGCUGUGCUGCUGGGAUCCCUGCACCCCCGUACCUCCAUCACUGUGGUGCUGCAGGUGCUGAGCGACGCCGGCUCCCUCCUCGCCUGCUGUCUGAAUGCUGCCUGCAUGGGGCUGUUGGACGCGGGGCUGCCGCUCUCCUCCCUCUUUUGCGGUGUCACCUGUGCCCUCGACCCCCAUGGGGACAUCAUCCUCGACCCCACUGCCCGGCAGGAGCAGGUGAGACUCCUGACCCCCACCAACGCCCCCCCCUGGGCCUCGCAGACCUUCCUGAGCCCCCCAUUCCCCAAGAAAAACCUUCUGACUUCCACAAA